AUGGACACGUCCAAAAUGGACACAAGCUACCUGUCACAGCAGGUGAACUCCAUCAUCAAUCAGCUUCACGGCCUAUUUGAUGAGAUUGGAGUUCCUGAUCAUGAUCGGGAAAAUCGUGAGGCAGAGCUAUUUGCCGCACUCUCCGACACAUUAAACAACCAACUUCGCCGUGUAACAGCCGAGAAGAAGGACCUCAUCGACGAGGCUCAGACCAUCGUCACUACUAUCCGGCAGAUGGAGUCGUCCCUAGACGACUCGCGCUCGCGGAGAGAUUACCAUGACGAUGAUGAGCUGCAAAUCACCUACCCUCUCAACCAGUGCCUCCUAACUCUCAAGGAGAAGCACCUGCAAAUAAGCAGGAUACACAGAGAGCGCUUUGAGCAAGUUAAGAAACUGGUGCAAGCACUCGAAUCCUACUCAUCCCACCUCGAACCCACCUUUGUACGGAUUUCCCUCCCCUACGGGUCCCAACCACUGGACAACGAAUUCACUCGAGUGUAUGAGGAGUACUCUCGACGCGUUGCCACUGUGAAGACAGUGUGUGAGCAGAUUAUCCAGCUUUGGGCGGAACUCGGCACUCCCCAAGCCCAAACCGACGGCGCCAUCGUCAAGUACUAUCGCGACGCCCCCGAGCAACUGGGACUGCAUGAGGAAGACAUUGUGCGGCUUCGGGCAAGGAAGGAAAAGCUCUCGGAUGAGAAGAAGAACCGGGAAAGACGCCUAAAGGAACUCAAGGCUGCUGUGGAGGCCCUCUGGAAUAAGUUGGGCAUCGACGAGGGUGAACGAAAGGCGUUCACAAACGCCAACCGCGGAUGCGGGGUGCGCCAAAUCAAUGAAUUCCAGGAUGAGUUGGCGCGACUCAAUGAGCUCAAGCACGAAAACCUUCACCUCUUUGUCGAAGACGCGCGCUGCAAGCUUCAGGAACUCUGGGAUUCUCUGUAUCUGUCGGAGGACGAGAUGCUCGAGUUCACGCCUGCCUUUUCCGAUGUGUAUAGUGAUGCGUUGCUCGAAGCCCACGAGCGGGAGAUUGCGCGGCUCGAAGCGCUCCGAGCAGCGGGCGCCCAUCCUCGCGCUUGUAGACAGGCACAAGAGCCUCGUGACGGAGCAGAAGGAGCUUCAGGCGGCGAAAGGCGCGAUCCCGGUAAGCUUCUUCGCGAGGAAAAGAUGCGCAAGCGAAUCGCGCGCGAGCUGCCCAAGAUCUCGGCCGACCUGCGCAAGGCCCUCGAAAAAGACCCCCGCCAAUCCUUACUCGUCGGUAGGACUGGGGUCAAUCGUGCGCGGGUGGACCCGGAAGACGUCUAUGACGACGGAGCUGCGGAGCGCUACUCUCGGCCGGCGUCGACCCACUCGUAUAUGCAGCAGCAGCAGCAGCAGCAGGAGCGUCCUGGGUCGAUAAGGCAUCUCCAGUCAUCCAACUAUCCGCCAGCGCCGCCCGCGGCCCGACAAAUAUCGGGCACGUCGCACACAUCGCACACUUCGACGCUAGUAUCCGGGUCCGAGAACUGGGAGACGUACGACGACAAUAGCGAGCCCGAGCAGGAUGCCACCGACACCUAUUACGCCAAGGUCAGGGCAGCCCGGAUUAAGCGCGUGGAGCCGGAGAGCGGACAUGGCCCGUAUUCAAGUCAGAGCAAGCGGCCGCGUGGUGUUCCGCCCAGCUCUCAUCCGCACGCCAACCACAUCAUGAUUGAUCAGGACGGAAACCGGAUCAUUUCGGCAAGCGAGUGGACAGACGAGGACGCAUUCUGA